AGCUAGGUAGUCUUGUAUUUAUGCGUAUAUACUUUUGGUGGACUGUCAGCGAUAUUGUUAUGGUGUUAAAAAUGCUUAUACUUCAUUGUUGUUUAUUCUUCUUUAAAUACAUGUCCAUCUACAGGUGAUUUUAGUGAAAUGGAACGAACCGUACCAAAAACUAGCAUCAUGCGAUAGUUCAGGAGUAAUCUUUGUGUGGAUCAAGUACGAGGGACGGUGGAGUAUCGAGCUGAUAAACGAUCGCAGCACGCCCGUCACACAUUUCUCCUGGUCGCACGAUGGGCGAAUGGCCCUCAUUUGCUAUCAGGAUGGCUUUGUAUUAGUUGGCUCCGUGGCUGGUCAACGCUACUGGUCUUCCAUGUUAUCGCUGGAUGCUAGAAUAACUUGCGGUUGUUGGACUCCAGAUGACAGCCAAGUAUAUCUAGGUACAGCUUCUGCCCAACUAGUUGUUAUGGACGUACACGGAGCUAUGGUAUCACAAGUGCAGCUCGUGGCUGAAGGCGGAAUUAAUUCAAUGGCGUGGUCUUGUGAGAAGUUUAAAAUGGAAGAAGGAGAAGAGGCGCCUGAGAAUAAUGGAGGACAUGUGCUUGCUGUUGCUCUUGGCAGUGGUGAAAUAGUACUGAUGCGUGGACACGAUGACGUGAGUCCCAUAAGGAUUAACACGGGCUUGAGGGGAAACACGUUAGCAAUGGAGUGGGCGAACUCAAGAGAACUCCUUGCGGUUGCUGGUACCUUAAUAGCUGAAUCAGGUGAAGCCGAAGAUUCUCCGCCAUACAAAAAUGUGGUUAAAUUCUAUUCUGACACGGGAACACUCAUUUACACCGUGCCUAUUCCGUACACACAGGCCAAAGUAACAGCGCUGACGUGGGGCCACGCUGCGCGUCGAUUGUUCGUCAGCGUCGGUGGCGCAGUGUGCACGGCGCGCGUGUGGCGCGUGGUUGCGCCGCUGCAGUUGCUCGCGCGUGUGCGCGCUGCGGCCGCGCUGCGACACCCCCGCCUGGCGGCGCGCUUGCCCCUCCCGCCGAGGUUGCAGCCCGCGUUGGCGAGCUUGUUCGCGCAUACCAUACGGUGUAACGUACCAGAAACAAAUGAGUUACGUCGCUUCGUGUCACGGCCUCCCGCAGCGGGCGGACGUCUCCACUGCACCAUGCUACGACAUGAUGAUGAAGAAGCUGGGGCCUAUACUCUAUAUCUCGAGCACUUAGGAGGACUAGUGCCUCUUCUUAAGGGGAGGAGGACGAGCAAGAUUAGACCGGAGUUCGUUAUAUUCGAUCCGCAGGCUGAAGAAGGUUCCAUCCCGCCCGUGACUCGUGAGUCGAGCAGCAGCAGCGCCGGCAGCUCGUCCAGCAGCGGCAGUUCCGGGCGGGGCAUCCCCUCGCCCCGCGCCCGCGCGCCGCACGCCCCGCACGCCCCGCACACGCCGCGUGCCGCCCGACGCCAGCGCGUGCCGGAAGACUCCGCCUCUUCAGACACCGAACGGGAAGACGCAGGAUGUUCCGGAUCUCCAAGGCUACAAAGGAGACGUCGCGCCCGGGAAAGACGCAAAUCCCGUAAUUCAAGUGACAAGGACGAAACUCCUGAUGAACUUGCCUAUAUUGAUUCACUGCCAGAGGAUGUGCGCUUAGUUGAAGUAACGUCAAACAUUUGGGGCACUAAGUUCAAAAUGCAUGGGCUAGCAAAAAAUGUGCCUGCAAAUUUAGGUCAAGUGACAUACAAGACAUCUUUAUUGCAUCUUCAGCCGAGGCAGAUGACUUUAACGAUAACAGAGCUAAGAGAUGAUUACCCAGUUGGACCUGACCCCAAUUUUAAUCCGAAUAUUUUUUCUGAGGAUGAGGAAGAUGUGUUUCAAUCCAGUGGCAAUAACUCGCCAACCCAUUCAAACAACAAUAUUAGGCGAAAAUUCAAUCCUUCUAUUCUCAGUGAAAGAAUAGGCAAUACGAACAGUAUUACACAAACAGAUACAUCCAAUAAUAAUAAUAAUAAUCCAAAUCCAACAAUGGCUAGAGCUGAGUCAUAUGAAGAAUUCCCUUUCAUAGAUACCAGCGAUAAUAUGAACAACGUAACAGAAAAUGUUUAUAGCACUCCCGUGAGACAUGCGCCGCAACCAAGUGAGAGAAGAGUGAAUAGCACCGCCAGUGUCCCUAAUAGACAUGCAAUAUCUCCUCUUAGAUGUGAAAGUUCGGUUCCUACUUUGCAAUCGCCGAAGAACGCAGUUGCACCAACUGACAUAAUAUUUGAAAGGCCGUCUCCGCAAGCGGUUACGUGUGGAGGAAGGGGAGAUUUUUAUGGAGGAAGGACUGAUUACAGCGUGAGAGGAGAUAAUGUUUCCUUGAAGGGAAAUAUACCAACUAAUGAACAUCAAAGCUUUAAUCUAAAUCUCAGCCUAGAACCGAGCAGACAAGUGACAAUAAAAAAAUGCGAUAAUCACGUCGCAGAUAAUUGCCUUACCAAAUUACGUAAAAAUAUAUGCAGCAGAGGUGAAUCAGCGUCUUAUGAAAUGAACACCAGAAUUUUGAAAUCAUUAUGCAAUAAGAAUUACGAACAUGAAGUGCAUCCAGAUGCAAUGUGCAAAAGAAAUGAGACAUUAAAGAAUUUACAAAAGGGUGAAGAUCUUAAAUAUAUUGACGAGGAAACACCGGUUGAUACAAAUAUAACUAAUAUAACAGAAAAACCUAAAGAGGUAGAGAGAAGAGUGCAAAGGACUACUACGGUAGUACCCAUUAGCCCUGUAUGUGCAAAUGUUCCAAUGUAUGACACAAUGACUCGUAGUUGCAGCGUGGGCUAUCUCGACUUGGUCGAUCCUCAGGUACUUCAUGCCCAAGUUAGUCUAUCAGCACUUCGAGGAGAACCACCUCGUCGCCUUAUACUUGUCAACAACAAACGUCACAGACGUCCCAAAAAGCAUUUCAAGGCUGAUUUAAAAACUUCUGAGAGCGCUAAAACGCCAUUGAAAAAGUGUGGUAAAUCGCGAAGUUUAGAUUCAAGUGAAUUAUCAAUUACAGUUGAGAAGGGAAAGAAACAGUUAAAGACUGAUUUAAAUGUAAAGGGAGACACAUCGGUUAAUUCUAGUAGCCGCAAUAGUACGGGAGAAGAUAACAGUGGAACAAGUACUGAAGAAGGUGGUAAAAGUGGAGUAGCUACAAGGAGAUCGCGUAGAGACUAUCCUGUAUGUACAGCGUGCCGACUUGUGUCACCGUACGAUAAACGCGAUGUUGACGCAGACACAUACGUAUGUGUGGCAUGUAGUUCUCGUGCUACAUACACGCUGCCAGCGACGCAACCGCAGCUCACGGACAGCGACUCCGACUACAGCAAGUAUUAUAGUUCAUUGGAGCAGUUAGCAUUGCGGUUGCUGGCAUCUCGCGGCGGGCGCGGCUCGAAUAGUACUGCAGUGCGAGAGAGCAGCUCCGCGCCAGCGUCUCCCCGCCCCGCGCGCUCCAAGUCCCCCGCCCCCGCUUCGCCCGCGUCCCCUGCGCCGAGACCUCGCAGACAUAGAUAUUCUUCUGCGUCGCCUAUACGACAAUUGUUAAACUCACCACUACUUAAUCGCAGAAGGAAUAAGAAACCUUCGGAGAGCUCUGACGAUGAGUUCCCGAACGGAUACAGUGAAAUCAACAGCAAGAAUUUUAGAGACCUAGAAAGUUUUCAAAAGGCUCAAUUGAGAAAUAAGAUUAAGCGCGCUGGUAACUCAACAGCAACGGACCGCAGUACACGGCGCCAACUCGUGAUGCACAACAAAGCGCCCAUGUGGAACGAAAACAGUCAAGUUUACCAGCUCGACUUCGGAGGACGAGUCACACAGGAGUCCGCAAAGAACUUUCAGAUAGAGUACCAUGGCAAACAGGUAAUGCAGUUCGGCCGCAUCGACGGCAACGCCUACACCCUGGAUUUCCAAUAUCCAUUUUCAGCUCUUCAGGCGUUCGCAGUUGCUUUAGCGAAUGUGACUCAAAGACUUAAAUGAGCUCUCGCUGUAACCUACAGCAAGCGAUUGAGGUCGUAUGGUUUUUAUAACCGCUGUGGGGCUUAACACGACAACUGAAAAAUAUUAAAAUCAUUUCGUCAAUCAGAAACACGGAGUAAUUUCCCUCUUGUCAAGCGAAAACUGUUUAAUGGUGAAACAUUAAAUGCCUUUUGAUACAGAACAGUGUUACGCAAUAGUAAAGUUAUAAGCGGAUGCUGAACGAUUUCAAAGGACUCGAAUCGUUAUUAUUAAGUGAUGUUAUAAAUAUAUCUGAACAUGUUAGUGUAUUUCCCUCAACUGUGUUUUAAAGUUUAUAGUUUAAAAAUAAUAGAUCUGUAAUUUGUUGUAACUCAUAUUAUGUAAAUAAAAAUCUAUGUGUUGUAUCAAUCGAUGGAAAUUAUUAAUUAUUAUUAAGUUAAUGUGAAAUAUCUUUAGUAUGGAUGUUAUUAUAAGUAUCUUCUUUAUUACAUCAAUUUUGUUUUAGAUUGUACAAAUACAUUUGUGCGUAGAAAUCUGGCAAUACACCUUCAUUCCCACAAGCAGUAGAAACAAUCAUAGACAAGUAGGUCUCAUAUUGUUGUCGUGUGUAAUGAGAACCCUUCACGAUCUAAAACGAUCUAGUUAAUGUAAUGUGCUUUAUCUAAAUAAUUUCAAGACCCUAUUUGGGAUAUUUUUACAUGAAUAGAUAGUUCUGUAAAUAUCUAUAAUAAAAACAAUGUAGAAUAAAAGCUGGAUUUAUUAAAAAAAUACCAAGAGUCAAGUUAUCAAUUCUUACAGUAAUUUCUUGAACAAUAAUUAUCAUCUAAUCUGGCCUAGAUAGUAUGUAUAGUUGUAGACGUAUUUUUUGAAGGUUUUACAGAUUCCUUUCAAUAGCUAACAUGCACGUACAAUAAAUUUAUGCCUAUAUAUGAGGUUAUUAUGCAUAUAUAUUAUAAAUCAGAUAAAUAAUACAUUGCUUAUAUACACAUUUUUGACGAUAGAUAACUAUGAAAAGCAAGACCACUCAUUUUGUAUUUAGUUCUGGUAUUGAAAAGACAACACAGUAUGAAUAUUUAUUAAUUUAACAUUAUUUGAGUUAAUGCGUUAAACCGUAUUUUUAUUUUGUUUCUAAUAAUGAAACCAAAUAUUUAAACUAAAAAUUCAAGUGUUUUUAUACACUUUAUUUUAACUUAAACGUCAUCAGACAGAUAUAUUAUGUGCCCACAAUAAACCAAUUAAUCACAAGAACUGCCUAUUUUGUUUUAUGCUACAAGCGCAGGUGCAGAGUAUUCACAUGAGAAGAGAAGAGAUCUUUGGACGCCAGCUUUCUUUAAAUUAUUUUGAUCUAGGUAUUGCAGUCUCCUAAGCUCAGGAAUUAGCCGUGUAUUACUGUCUCUCGUAUUUACCUAGAGGCUAAGGUUAAGAGAAUUUUAUUGCGACUUUGUACACGACGACUAUAAAAAACCUGUUAAUGUAGGUAUCAACGGCUGAUAUUAAAAUAAAAUAUUGCUAUGUUGCUGUUCUAUAUUCCUUAUCAUAAUAUUUAUAAUCGACGCGUUAUAAUUGAAAAUGUAAAAGGCGUUUGCCUUACUAUUGUUAAACGAAUAAUAUAAUUACAUUAGUUUUAAUUUACUAUCUCCUGUGAGUAUGCUGUGUACUCUGCUUUCUUGUGUUUUUAUUGUUAUAACUUGUUUAUUAAAUAGCUUUUACGUUUUUAUAUGUAUUAAAUUGGACGAGAGUAAACGUAGUUGUUACAAACAGACGUGCAAUAUGGUAUUUAUGUAUAUGUUAAGAUUGAUUGAUUAUAAGUUGUAAAAAUUUAUAUGAAUAAUGAUAGUUUCGUUUUAAAAAUAGUUACCAACAUAUCCCUCGUUAAUUAACUUCUUCUAAUAUAGAACUUUUUUAAGUACCUACUAAACCUUCAUUUCUUGUGUUCAAGACUGCACUUUGUAAAUAUACCUAUUAAUUAAGCAUAUUGCUACUUUUACUAUAGUCUAUAAAAGUGUUAGAUAAUUAAAUGUAUGUGUUAAAUUUGUUUGCACGAUUUCCGUUAUCUAUAUAUCGAUGUAUUUUGUUGUGAUGAGCUUUUUUAUUAAAAAUUAAAAAAUAUAUAUUUGAUGUUUUCUUGUCAAGUUAUUGGAUAUGUGAAAAUAAAACUAUGAAUGAAAUAAAAUAUGUUUUUAAUAUCAAAAUUUUGUAAUACUGUGA